GAACCCCACAGCUAUCGUAAUCCAAUACGUCAUAUUAUAGAAGCCGAAAGACGAAUAGUCAACGGUCUUGUUCCCCACGACACGCAUAAAUAACACCCACAACACCCGAUUCACAUUACACACUCCAACGACAAACACAACAAUAAACAACUACACAUAAACACAUACAGAGAGAGAGAGAAACAUAGCAAUAACAUGAAAGAAAUGAAACUAGUUUGGUCUCCAGAGAGAGCAAUUAACUCAUACAUCGCUACAGUUCAAGCCGUAAGCGCCUCUCAGUGCCAGCUUUCCAGCGAAUCCGGCGUGGCGGAGCUGCUAUCCGCUAUGGCGGCGGGAUGGAACGCGCAGCUGAUAGUGGAAACAUGGUCACGUGGCGGAGUUAUUCCAACCAGUAUUGGUUUAUCCAUAGCGAGCCGUCACACAGGUGGAAGACACGUGUGCGUAGUUCCUGAUGAACGGUCGAGAUCAGAGUAUGCAAAGAUCAUGGGAGGAUCGGGUAUGUCGCCGGAAAUUAUGGUUGGUGAACCGGAAGAAGUGAUGGAUGGUUUAGUCGGAAUAGAUUUCUUGGUCGUUGAUUCUAGAAGAAAGGAUUUUUCAAGAGUGUUGAGGUUAGCGAAGUUGAGUGGAAAAGGUGCUGUGUUGAUAUGUAAGAAUGCCAAUUUUAUUUCUAAGAUGGAUUCUGGUUAUAUAUGGAGGAGUGUGGUGGCGAGGGGAUCGAGACGACUUGUUCGCUCGGUGUUUCUUCCGGUGGGGAAGGGACUUCAUAUGGCACACUUAUCGGCUGCCGGUGGCGGUGAGAACUCUGUUUUGGCGAUGAAGCAUAAGGGAAAUGUUAUUCCUAAACGAUGGAUCAAACAUGUUGAUCAACGGUCAGGGGAUGUUCACUUUAUUAGAAAAUGAAAACAGUUCUUCCUUUUUGUAAAUAUCUACUAGUACAGUGUAAUAUAAUUAUGACAAUAUCCUAACAUUUAUAUACUUUCAUGUAACUAGGUAAAAAGAAUCUCACUUGUCAUAUUUAUCUACUCAUAGCUUUUUAUUCUCUUCUACUUCACCUUAAUGUAUCACAAAUUUAUUUAUUUAUUUAGUUUUAACAAGAUAAAAUUAUUCUUGUGUUU